AUGAAAGACAGCGGAAUCCUUCUGAAUGUUGGGGACGCCAUCUGCCACGCACUGGACUUGGCUAGUGGACUGGCGUUCCUGCACGAGAACGGCAUAACUCACGGCGACCUGAAACCCUCUAACGUGCUCAUCGAUGGCUCCAACGCCCAACGCGGUACUCUGCGUAUAUCCGACUGGGAUGGCCUCGUUACUCUGCAACUCUGCAGUGUCAGCUCGCUUAACAGCGAGCAUUUCCGCAGCAGCGAGCGCUACAUGUCUCCCGAAAUGUUGAUCCGCGCAAUUACGGGCGAUUAUAGAGAAACACUGCAGCAUCCGGUCAGCGGAAAAGUGCUGGGUGCGAGUCAAUCCAUCAGCGACUGGGUUUACGGGGUAGCGGUAAUGCAAGGGUUUGUUCCCGUAGUCUUUGAUGCAGCGGCCGUGCCUGCCGAGCUCGCCGCGUGUGUUCGCAACUGCCUGCGCAUCGCCAAUAACCAGAGAACAUCUGCGCGUCAGUUGUUGGAGCAUUUAUCCCGAAUAAGCGAGAACAGUGGACCAUGA